AACUUCACCCCGCCAAAAAAAAAAGAGAACGCGCCAACCCUCGCAGUGCUGCAACCACGCGCCAAAUGUCCGAUCCAAAUCCGCAACCACCACCACUACCCACAUCGACAGAGCCAGAUCCAGACCCAGGGAAGCGGGAAGACAAACAAGAGCCGGAAGAGUUAGCAGAAGGCGUCCGUGCAACCGCCCUCCGCAACAUCUUCACGGCGGCCCUCGAUCGCAGCAUAAAGACCUGCUCGUACGAGAACUUCGCCGCGUGCUUCCCAACACCGGCGCGGCGCGCGCCGGAAGUUCUCAGGAACGCUUGGGAGCAAAUGUGUGGGUUUUGGGAGAGCAGUGCUAAAGUAUAAUAGUAACGACAACAAUAAUAACACCCCGCUGCUUUCUCUCUCCCGCUCCGUGAGGGGACUGGACUGGGUGGUAGAGGAGAAAAGAAGGUGUGGCUAAUAUGAAGGGGGGAUGAUUUGUACAGAGGGAAUACGAGACAAUCCUGAAGGAACGAAACGUGGUGGCUGGUCUGAAUGCCCUCGACGAAUUGACCAGGGAAGCGGAGGAGCGUAAGGCCAAGGCUGCUCCCGGGGAGGUUGCUGUUUCGUAUUUACCCCCAUCUUGUUCCGCUUUGUCUUUCUUUCUUUCUUUCUUUUCUGUUCUCCCGUGGUGGUAUCAUAUAUGCUGAUCUACGAAAUAGUCCUUCUACGCUACCGCCGGUUACUAUCCUCACGGCACAACUCACGCCUUUACUACUUGCCGCGCAGAAGGAGGUUGCGGGCAAGAUCGAGGUCGUGCAGGGGAGCAAUACCGAGUUGAUGGGGAAGAUCGAAGCCCAGAGGCGGGAGAUUGAGGAGUUGGUUAAAAUGUUGGAGGGAAGGUUGGGCAUGCUGGAUGGAGCUGUGGAGGUGGUUGUGGCCGGGAGGAAGGAGGUUGCCGGGGAGGAGGUUAUGGAGGAUUGACUUGAUGACUUGAUCGAGUGUUUCAUACUUUGAUUUCUCUACCGGAUCAUGUACAUGUACGGCUUUUUCUAUGUAAUUGUUCAAGGAGGGGGGGUAUGCAGUUAAUGAUACCCAUCCCGAAUUCUCGUUCGU